AUGCCUAAACAUAGGUUUAUCUUUUGGCAAGCGGCUCUUGGUCACCUUCUUACUCGCGACAAACUUCAGCAGUGCCAUUUGCUAAUUCCAUCUGAUCUGUGUCCGGUUUGUGAAGAAGCUCAGGAGUCUCACUCUCAUCUCUUUUUUUCUUGUUCGUUCUCUCAGCAAUUGCGAUCCAGAAUGGAGAGCUGGGUGGGAAGGGACUCUUGGCCGAGAAGGUAUGAAGACUGGCACACUUGGAUGUUGGACAAGCCGAAGGGUCUGAUGCAAAGAGUUUCUGCUGCUUCUUUGGCUGCAGCUGUGUAUUUGAUUUGGAGAAACAGGAAUAAAUGUGUUUAUGAUUUAAAUUCUUGGUCUAUUGAUUUUGUUUUGCAGCAGAUUCGUUAUUCUGUGAAAGUUAGACUUACUAGGCAUCCUAAGCUAAAGCUUACUCAUAGGGAUGUUUCUGUUUUUAAUUACCUGAUGUAUAUGUAA